GGCCCAGCGUUGCUUCCGUACCGUGGUCCCCAGUCCCUGCAGUCCUCCUGCAAGACGCAAAUUACUUUCGAUUUCUUUGCAGACUUCUGCUCAGUUUUUCUUGAGGCUCCGUGUCUUACCGCUCGUUGGGUUCUCAGUCACACGGCUCGUCCCAAACUACCGGAGAACACACGUGUUGACUGCACGCUCAGCAAGGCAGCAACCCCUUACUCUUCCUUCCACUUACCUCUUCACCUCCUAUCUCGACUUGGAUUCCUGCCUGUGCUACCACUAGUCCGGUGAAACCAUCUUUGCGCUCCAGUCACCAGACAUCAUCACCUGGUCACGAUGGAUUCCACCACCAAAGCCACCAACUGGGACACGUACCUGAAGGGCCUGACGCCCUGCCGGUUUCCACGCUUCAGCCGCGUCAACCAAACCGCGGGCUCAUCACACAAACUCUCAGCGACCCGCAUCAACGUCGAACAGGCGGACAAACUGCUGGCCUUGGACGCCUAUGAGCUGGGUGCUGUUCUCCGGGCCGCCUGGGCUGUGCUGCUGCGCUGCUACACGGGUCAGGAUGAUGUGAGCUUCAGCUUCCAGCACGGCGGUGACGGUGACGGUGGUAACAUUGCCGGUGGACCCGUCGUUGCGCGGUUUCUUCUCGACGAUGGAGCCUCCGUCGCUGGGAUCGUCGGCCGAGCCAAGGCGGAAGUGCCUGGCGAUCUCCCUCUUGUCUCCACUGAGCGACUCCGCCCUGGCGGUGGUUCCGAUCGAUCGUUUUUUGAUACCGCUGUCGUCUUGUGGAAUUUCAAGACAGAGCGAUCAGCGUCAUGCCCUGCUUUCGAUCCGGAACAAUACAAGCUCCGCCUCGUCGCAAAGCGAAGCGAGGGCAACUUGAGCCUGGUCUCAGAAUGGAGCAGCGAGCUGCUCGGCAUGCCUGAGGCGCAAGGUAUGCUGGUGGCCAGCACUCUGGACAAGAUCCUAUCGGGCGUCCUGUCGAGUGCGCCUGACACGCCACUGGGGUCGCUGGAUGUUCUGAGUCAGACAAAUCUGGACCGGAUUUGCGCUUGGAAUGCGUCUUAUCAGGUUGACCCCGUGGAGAGAUGCAUCCACGAUGUGAUUGCCGACCAGGUCCUCGCGCAGCCUGACGCCGAGGCUGUCUGCUCCUGGGACGGCUCACUCAGCUAUCGUAAGCUGUAUGAUUUGAGCGGCCGUCUGGCGAUCAUACUCGGCACCCUGAUUGAACACCGAGCCUUCUGCUCCAGCGCCAGGGCACACGCCCCCAUGCUGCGGAUUGAUGGCACCUGCAGAGUGUUGCAGUUCGCAGCCCACACAUUCGACGCAAGCCUGGUCGAAAUCCUGACCCCGCUGAUGACGGGUGCUUGCGUCUGCAUUCCGAGCGAGCACGAGAGGCUCAACGACUUAGCCGGGGCCAUGAACCGCAUGGGCGUCGACCACGCCGUGCUCACCCCUUCUUUCGUCAACUUCCUGACCCCCUCCACCGUGCCCAGGCUGCGCAGGUUGGUGCUGGCUGGCGAGGCCAUGUCACGCUCGCACGUCGCCACUUGGUCGCACAUCGAGCUUGUCAACGGCUAUGGCCCCGCUGAGAGCUCUGUCGCGGCCGUUGUCAACUCGAGCGUUUGUCCGGAGACCGAAGCUACCGAUAUCGGUUUGCCGUGCGGUGUUCGGGUCUGGCUCGUCGACCCUGCUGACCAUAAUCGCUUGGUGCCUGUCGGCUGUGUGGGCGAGAUGCUGCUUGAGGGACCGAGUUUGGCCAGGGGUUAUUUAAAUGACCCUGUCAAGACCGAGGACAGCUUCAUCUCUGGCCCUGCAUGGGCAAAGGAUAGCUCUGAUGAAGAACAGCCUGCCCGGCGUUUCUACAAGACGGGCGAUCUCGCGCGGUACAAUUCUCCCUCUGGCUCCCUGAGCUACGUGGGAAGAAAGGAUACGCAGAUCAAGCUCCACGGCCAAAGAAUUGAGCUCGGCGAGGUUGAAGCCCAUCUUGCGAUUGACCAGAGCGUGAGGCACGCCCUAGUUCUUCUUCCAAAGAAGGGCCUCUUGGCGAACCGACUAAUCACGGUGCUCUCGCUGUCGGAUCCUUCCGUCGCUGCCGAUGGUCAGCAGUCAAGGGAAGGGCCAUUACAGCUGACUGGGAACCCGUCGACCACGGAGCCGAUCUUGCAGCGCAUCCGAGCGCGAAUGGGCGAGCGACUUCCUGCAUACAUGGUGCCGUCGACAUGGUUAUGUGUCGACGAUAUUCCCAUGCUGGCCUCUCGGAAGAUGGAUCGAAAGACGGUGGCGACAUGGGUUGAAACCAUGCUCACCGAGGAGGAGUACCAGCAGGUGAUCAGGGAGCAACAGGCCGCCUCCACGAUACCUGAAGACGGCAAUAACAGCAACGCGCUCCUAACGGAGGUUGAGAACAAGCUCUGUGAGAUCUGGAGCCUAGUUUUGAACUUCCCCGCGGACCAGAUCAACCCAGACGGCCGCAGCUUUCUUAGUCUGGGCGGUGAUUCCAUCUCGGCCAUGGCUUGCGCCAGCCAUGCAAAGAAGGCGAGGCUGGGGUUCUCGGUGCAGGACGUCCUCAAGGCCAAAUCCUUGAGGCAGCUGGCGGCCAUCGCCAGGCCUAUGGAACAGCCCAGCAAAGCACACGGCGAAGCCGAAGACGAAGAACAAGAGGGUGGUUUGAGUGCACCCUUUGACCUCACUCCUAUCCAACAGUUCCACUUCCAGAUCCGUGGUGAGGCGGAGGGUGACGAGCACUUCAACCAAAGCUUCUGCCUGCGUCUUGCUCGGCGCGUGCAAAGAACCGCCAUCGAGAAGGCCAUUCGAGCCGUAGUGAGGCGCCACGCUAUGCUCAGGGCUCGUUUCACCCCAGGGGAAAACGGACAGUGGCAGCAGUCCAUCACCUCUGAUGCCGACUCAUCCUUCCGCUUCCGGGCGCAUACCGUAUCCUCCCGUGUUGAGAUGGACGCCGGGAUAUCCAGCGCACAGGCUUGCCUAAAUGUCCGCCGAGGCCCACUGUUUGCGGCAGAGCUGUUUGACCUGCAAGACAGGAGCGAGCAGGUCUUGUUCAUGACUGCCCAUCACCUUGUCAUCGACCUCGUCAGUUGGCGCGUUAUUCUCGAAGAGAUCGAAGAGAUCCUCGAGAAUCCCUCAGCACAAGAGAAAAGCCUCACAGUCCAUCGAUCACUGCCAUUCAGGAAGUGGGCUGCUGCCCAGGUUGACGACUGCGCGGAAAAGGAUCUGAACCAAGUGCUCCCAUCGGCGGAUCAAGUACCCACGGCUCAGUUCGUCUAUUGGGGAAUGGACGAUCAACCCAACCUGUACGGCGACGUCGCAUGCCAGGGCUUUGAGCUUGACGCUUCCACCUCGGCUGCCCUUCUCACCGACUGCCACAACCCUUUCCGCACCGAAACGGUCGACCUACUCCUUGCGGCGGUCAUCUGGUCGUUCCAAAGGACUUUCACAGACCGGAAUGCCCCAGCCAUAUUCAACGAAGGGCACGGCCGGGAACCGCCUAAAGAAGAAAUCGACAUUGCCCGCACCGUCGGCUGGUUCACAAUCCUCUUCCCAGUGGCCCUAUCCUCCCCAACCACCUUUGCCGACGCCCUCAUCCAGACCAAGGACCUCCGCCGGCGCGUCCCAUACAAUGGUCGUCCGUAUUUUGCAGCUCGCUUCCACACCCCCGAAGGCCGCGAACGCUGGUCCACGCAGCACAAACACAUGGAAGUCUCCUUCAACUUCCUCGGACGCUAUCAGCAACUCGAGCGCGCCGGUGCCUUGUUCCAGCCGGCAGAGGGCGCUCUCAUGGCCGGCGAGGCGCAUCCAGGCAGCCCAACGGCUGACUUUGGGAGUAAAGCGCCGCGGUUCUCCCUCUUUGAGAUCUCGGCUGUCAUCGUCCAAGGAACUCUGCGCUUCGGCUUUGCAUGGAACAGCGGGAUGCGCCACCAGGAUCGCAUCCGCGAGUGGGUUGCUAACUGCCGUGACGUCCUAGCUGAGGCGGCCGUGACAUUGCCCGCCAUGGGGCGCAAAAUCACGGCUAGUGACUUGGCGCUGGUUCCCGACCUUACGUCUAUGGACCUCACCGCGUUUGAGCGGGAUAAACUUCCUGGUCUGACCGGGGGACGCGGCUGGGACGCGGUUGAGGACGUCUAUCCUUUGUCGCCUAUGCAACAGGGCCUGUUGCUCAGCCGGACCAAGGACCGCAACUUUUAUGCCGUCCGCCGGGGAUUUCGGGUCAAAUCCAGUGGCAAGAGCGGCAAGGGAGUAGAUGCUUGUCGGGUGGUUCAAGCUUGGAAAGAAGUCGUGAGGCACCACGCUCUGCUCCGCACCGUUUUCGUGGACGCCAUAAGCCGAACGCGGGCGGGAGGCUAUGACCAGGUCGUUCUGAAAGAUGUAGAGCCUCCGAUGCUGGUUUGCGAGUGUCCCAGCGAAACCGAUAUGAGGAGGCUGGUCGAGGGAUUGGAGCCCAUGGAUUACCGAGAUGAGAUGCCGCAGCAUCACUUCUCCGUCUUCUACAACAAUGACUACGUUGUCUGCGUACUGGAGAUGAGCCACGCCAUCAUGGACGGAGCUUCAAUGGACAUCCUUCUCCGAGACCUCGGACGAGCCUACGACGGAACGCUUGAACACCUGCCGAAGCCCCUGUUUAGCCCCUUUGUGGCCAGCCUGCAGCAGCGCAGCGUUGAGAGAGACGUGGCUUUUUGGUCGAACCAUCUCGCUGGUCUCGAGCCCUGUCACUUCCCUGCCCUCAACGACGGAAUCAGCGUUCCCGAGUCCGAAAGGGAGCUGUGUACGCUCCGGCUCGACUUCCCGGGGCUGGUAGUAUUGCAGAAGUUCUGCAGUGCAACUGGUUUCACCUUGCCCAACGCCUUUCACGCAGCGUGGGCCGCGACACUGGCGUGCUACACCGCCACAGACGAUGCGUGUUUUGGAUACCUCGUUUCAGGGCGCGAUGCUGCGGUUGAGGGGUCCGAGGAUGCUGUAGGUCCUUUCGUGAACAUGGCCACCCAAAGGGUGAGACUUAUUGCCGGUGAUGGAGGUGACAAACCCACCCUGCUGCAACUCCUUGAGGCCGUGCAGAAGGACCAACUUGACUGCAUGCCAUAUUCUCAGACAUCGCUGGCCGAGGUACAACACGCGCUCGGGCUACGGGGCGGCAUGGCGCUGUUCAAUACGUGCGUUUCCUACCGCCGUCUCCAGCAACAGACGGAACAGGUGUCAGGAUCAGUUGUGUGCGAAGACCUGGGAACCAUCCAUGACCCGACUGAGUACCCCGUCUCGCUGAACAUUGAAGUGGACGACGAGGGAAACGCCGCUAUUGACCUCGAUUACUGGACAGACGCGGUGGCCCCUGGCCAGGCAAAGCACGUCGGGGCAACCUUUGUGCAGGCUCUGCUGAACAUCGCAGAGCGCGCGGAAACGCCCAUCUCUCUGCUGGAUAACGUCCACAGUUCGGGUAAGGAACUUAUUUGGGCCUGGAACGCCAACAUGCCGGCGACCACCGUCGAGUGCGUGCACCACAUGGUGGAGAAGCAGGUCGCCAUCCGGCCGCAAGCCCAGGCCAUCCGGGGAUGGGAUGGUGACUUCACGUAUGAGGAGAUGAACGCCCUCGCGAACCGUCUAGCCCGGCACCUUCAUACCCUUGGCGUUGGACCUGAAAUCCUGGUACCCGUUUGUUUCGACAAAUCAGCCUGGACAACUAUCUCCAUGCUGGCCGUUUUGAAGGCAGGCGGCGGCGUUGUUCCCCUCGAUGCCACGCACCCUGCUGCUGCCCUUGAGGGCAAGGUGGCUGAUGCAGGCGCCCAUGUCGUGGUCACAUCGGAGGCCCGGGCAACCCUCUUCAGGACCAUGGUGCGACAUGUGGUAGCGGUCGGCCCCGCGCUUCUGGCUCAACUCCCCGAGGGUGGCAACGGAGACGACAUUCAGUCGGGUGUGACCCCGGAAAACCCAGCAUUCAUCAUGUUUACGUCUGGGAGCACCGGAAAGCCGAAGGGAGUCAUUCUCUGCCAUCAGGCACUCGUGUCAAGCGCGCUCGCGCACGGCUCCGCGCUGGGUCUCGGCCCGCACACACGCUUCCUCCAGUUCGCGGCCCACACUUUCGACAACAGCAUCGAGGAGAUGUUUACCAACCUCAUCCACGGCGGCUGCGUGUGCGUCCCGUCAGACGCAGACCGUCUCGGCGAUUUACCUGGCGCCAUCGACAGACUGGACGCCAACUUCAUGGACCUGACCCCGACAGUGGCAGCACUCCUGCGGCCAGAGCAGGUGCCCAGAAUCAGGGGCAUGGCUGUCGGCGGCGAGGCCCUGACGCGGGAGGUGCUGGACGUGUGGGGAGGGGUCAUCCCUGUGCACAAUCAGUACGGCCCGAGCGAAUGCUCCAUCAAUUCGACCCACAAGCUGCAUGUCAACAAGCAGGGCGACGUGGGCAACAUCGGGACCAGUGUCGGCAGCGUGUCCUGGGUGGUUGACCCGCACGACCACAACAGGCUAGUUCCGGUCGGAUGCGUGGGCGAGUUGCUCAUCGAAGGUCCCAUCCUGGCAAGGGGCUACCUCAACAAGCCCGCUGAGACAGCCAAGGCGUUCAUCAAGAUGCCAAAGUGGGCAGCUGAUGAUCCACGCCAUGGCGAGAAGGGUGACCGAAGGAUGUACAAAACGGGCGACCUUGUCCGGUACAACUCGGACGGCUCGCUCAUCUAUCUCGGCCGCAAGGACACCCAGGUCAAGCUCCAUGGACAAAGAAUUGAACUCGGCGAGUUGGAGCACCACGUCAAGACCAUCUUGCCGGCCACGGCCCAGUCCUCGGUCGAGCUGGUGAGCGUUGGACGCACCAAGGCGUUGGCCGUGUUCUUCUGUCUCUGUCUUUCAUCGAAAAGAGAUGAUAUCCGGAUCCUCCCCAUGGACGCCGAUUCCCGAUCCCUCGCGCAGACCGUUGCGGGGACCAUGGCCGCCAAAGUUGCCUCUUACAUGGUUCCGAGCUUGUUCUUCCCAGUGUCCAAAAUGCCCCUCACCUCAUCAGGCAAGCUGGAUCGUCGACGUCUGCGCACCAUGGCACAGGACCUGUCCGAAAUUGUGGUUGAGUAUCGCCUGAAUAGUCAAGCUGCGGGCGGCCGCCCACCCGAGACACGCAUGGAGACGCAGCUGCAAGAGUUGUGGGCGACUGUGCUUAACGUGGAACCCGAAUCGAUCUCGGCCGAUGACAGCUUCUUCAUGCACGGUGGAGACUCGGUUGGCGCCAUGCGCUUGGCUUCGAUGGCGCGCCAAAAAGGCGUUGUCCUUACCGUGGCCAGCAUAUUCCAAUCGCCCAAGCUUUCUGACAUGGCAGCAGCGGCAACAGGAAGCGGCCAGGCAGGGCACAACUUCGCCAGUGCGGUUGUCGAAGAGAAACCGCUGCUUGGACCUACGGAGCCGUUCUCAUUGCUCAAUGGCACCGACGCAAUGGACCUGAGAGCCCUCCAGGCGCAUGUGGCGUCGAUUUGCCGCAUCGAUGCCGGCGCUAUCGAGGAUGUUUAUCCCACGAACCCCUUGCAAGCAGGUCUGGUUGCAGCGUCCCAGAGGCAUCCUGGCGCCUAUGUCGCAGUCAACGUUUAUGAGUUACCCGGCGGCACCGACAUUGCGCGGUUCAAGAAGGCAUGGCAGGACGUCGUGGAUUCCGAAGCUAUUUUGCGGACGCGUGUCGUGCUUGUCGAGAACAUCGGGUUCUUGCAGGUUGUUGUCCGCGACAAGAUUGACUGGUCCACGGCAACAAGCGCAGAGGAACUUUCCAAGCCGGGCCAUCGUCAACUGCCUCCGCACGACGGUGGCAUACUGACCCGAUACACCAUCAUCGGUGAGCACAGCAGCCGACCGACGUUUGCCUGGACGGCACACCAUGCUGUGUAUGACGGAUGGAGUUUGCCAACGUUGCUGAGCCGGGUUGAGGCCCGGUACCGGAAAGCAGAGUCGUCCAUAAGCCCGGUUCCGCAGUACUCGCGGUUCGUCGAGUAUUUGUCCGCCCUUGAUAGUUCCUCGUCAGACGCGUUUUGGGUGAAAAAGCUCUCUGGUAACGGCAUCACGCACUACCCACAGCUACCCACCCCAGAUUACCGGGUGCAGGCCACAAGCCAGGUAUGCCGGUCAGUGCGCUUAACGAAGCCGAAGGGCUCUGGCCUAACCGUGGCAUCCUUCCUCCGGACCGCCUGGGCUCUCGUUGUGUCGAUUUAUUCGUCCUCAGAUGACAUCGUCUUUGGCGAGAUUCUCAACGGGCGUGACAUUCCCCUUGCAGGUAUCGAUAACCUGGUCGGCCCCACGCUGGCUUCCAUCCCGCGACGCAUCCGCAUCGACCGCGCCAUGACGGUGCAACAACUGCUAUCCGACAUUCAAGCGCAGCUCAACGAUGUGAUGCCCCACCAGUUUGCGGGUCUGCAGCGCAUAAGGACUCUCAGCCAGGAGGCUGCCACGGCGUGCGAGUUUAGGAACCUGCUCGCUGUCGACCUGGUGGAUGAGACGGCCGAGAGUAACAGCCUGUGGGGUAAGCUGACGGGCGGCGGGACGGCCCAGGGCCCGGAUUUCUUCAGCUACCCGCUCAACGUGACUUGCACGCUGGGCCGCAGCAAGAACAACGGUACUGAAGAGAUUCAAAUGCGCGUCAUCUUUGACUCGGGGGUGGUGCCGCAGUGGCAGGUUGUUCGAAUGCUUUGCCAGUUCGAGAGGCUUCUGUCGCAAAUUUCAGCCCCAGAGAGCCAGCGCGAGAAAAUGUCCGAUCUCGAUUUGCUCAGCCUGGAGGACAAAGCCAUGUUGAGGAAGUGGAACGAGGUGCCUGGUCCACUGGUUGAGCGGCGAGUGCACGACAUGAUUUGCGAGCAGAUGUCGCAGCAAGGUAGUGGCGAGACUGCCGUGGUUGGCUGGGACGGGACCUUGUCUACCGGUCAACUGGAUGCGCUCUCGACAGCGUUGGCAGGUGAGUUGUUGUCGAAGGGCGUCGGCGCUGACAAUGCUCGCAGGUUCGUUCCAUUUUGCUUUGAGAAGUCAAUCUUUGCUGUCGUCGCCAUGCUCGCGGUUUUGAAGGCCGGCGCAGCUUUCGUACCCCUGGAUCCGGCGCAUCCUGUCAGUCGGCUGCGAGAGAUUGUCGGCGAUUGCGAGGCAGAGGUGGUGCUGUGCUCGCCGAAGUACGAGAGCCUCUGUUCCCAGGUGGCGGAGACAGUCAUUCCGGUCAAUACGUCGAUGAUUGAGAGCCUCAGGAAUGUGACGUCCGCGAAGUCGAUGAUGCAAGGGACAACUGGAAAACCAAAAGGGACAAUAAUCUCACAUACCGCCUUUUGUUCGGGCGCCGCUGCUCAUGGCCCGGCCAUGCUGAUGAAGCCGCCGUUCCGCUUCCUGCAAUUCGCGUCCUACACUUUCGAUGCCUCACUGGUUGAGAUCCUGACAACCCUCAUCCUGGGCGGAACGGUGUGUGUGCCCAGAGAAGAGGACCGCACCAAUGGCAACAUCGCCGCUGCCAUGGAGGACCUUCACGUCACCAUGGCGCUGCUCACACCCUCCUUCGCCCGCAUUCUCGAGCCUGCCAGCGUACCACACCUCAAGACGCUCAUCCUCGGCGGUGAGGCCAUGGCACAAAGCCAUCUUGCUACGUGGGCCGACAGGGUGAAUCUCGUCAACGCCUAUGGCCCGAGUGAGUGCGCUGUCGUGGCAACCGUGAACUCACAGAUGCGCCGCUCGUCCAACCCGGCAAACCUGGGCAGAGGAUUGGGCCGCUGCUGGAUCGUCGACCCCAACAAUCACCACCGUCUUGCCCCUCUUGGAUCUGUCGGCGAGCUCCUUAUUGAGGGUCCGACAUUAUCGACAGGCUAUUUGAAGAACGAGGCCAAGACCCGCGAAGUUUUCAUCGAGAACCCUCGUUGGGCAUUGGGUCCAAGCCUGCGCUAUACAGAUAUGCCGGCCCUGGCUCCGCGGCGCAUGUACAAGACAGGCGAUCUGGUGCGCGUUUGCGACGACGUUUCCGGAGAGAUGGUCUACGUGGGCCGGAAGGACAAUUCACAGGCCAAGCUGAACGGUCAGCGACUGGAGAUCGAUGAGAUUGUUGUCCAUCUUGCUGCCGAUGACCGCGUCCGACAUGCCGUUGUUGUUCUGCCCCAGAGCGGACUCUGUGCCAAGCGCCUGGUUGCGGCUUUUUCACUCCGGACAGUCUCCGAACAACAGCGCAGCGAUCAUACGGCCAACAAAUUUGAACUGGUUACAUCCAUUGAGGCUUCUUCUGCCAUGGAAAAGGUCCAGGAGCGCCUGCGAGAGAAACUGCCGCCGUACAUGGUUCCUUCAACUUGGGUCGUGCUCCGAAACAUUCCUCUGCUGCCAUCUGGGAAGCUUGACCGCAACAGCGUAGCCCGAUUUCUCGAGAACAUGAGCGAAGAGACCUUAGACCGAAUCAGUGGCGCGGCUAGCCAGGCUCAGGGCGACGGAAGCUCUCCCUCUCUCCAGACCCUCCCCAUCGACGCGAAGCUGAAGACCGUCUGGAGUGAGGUCCUAAACAUCGGUCCCGAGAGGAUUGGCCGGAAUGUCUCCUUCCUGCAUCUUGGGGGUGACAGCAUCACUGCCAUGCAGGUUAUGGCAAAGUGCCGAACCCAGGGAAUUCGCGUCACCGUUCCCGACAUCAUCAGCAGCAAAUCCGUCCAUGAUCUCGCGCUCAAAGCCGUCGUUCCCAAGGAGCAGCGACAAAACCCAAGGGCAGCAGCCGUCGAUGAGGAGGAUCAUCAUGAGUUUGACCCAGCGCCCAUACAGCAGCUGUAUUUUCAGCUCAUGCAUGUCGAAAAUGGCCACGGGCCUUUGGCUGCUGCGCACAUGCAGUUCAACCAGAGCGUGCUGCUCCGCCUAGCCAAGAAAGCAACCUCACAUGACCUAGAGCGAGCUCUACAGGCCUUGGUUGAGACCCAUUCAAUGCUCCGAGCAAGGUUCCGACGCGACGGCACGGGCAACUGGCGGCAACGCAUCACCUCCGAUGUCAGAGGAUCUUAUCGCUUCAAAACUCACGUCAUUGGCAAUCCAGGCCGCAUGGAGAAGCGCAUCCAGAGCUCACAGAAGGCUCUCAACAUCCAAAAGGGGCCCCUGAUUGCCACUGACUGGUUCAGCAUUGGGAAGGAGAGCCAGGAGGUCUUAAUCUUUAUCGCCGCCCAUCACCUGGUCGUGGACGUCGUGUCAUGGGGUAUUCUCCUCCAGGAUCUCGAGGACUUCUUGGCUACCGGGAGCUUGAAGGCUCACGCCUCUCUGUCCUUCCAGGCCUGGACCCGGAAGCAGUCCGAGCGGGCUCAACUGGAGAAUAAUGGAGCCAAUCUACUUCCGCAUCAUGAGGCUUCUGACGCAGAUCUGGAGUACUGGGGUAUGGCUGACGUGCCGAACCUUCAUGGAGAUGUGGUUGCUGCCGAUGAUAUCGAGCUUGACGAGGAUACCACGGCUCUGCUUCUGGGCCCCGAGUGCCACGCUGCUCUUCGGACGGAGGUCCUUGACGUCCUGUUGGCCGCUCUGCUCCUCUCAUACCGCAAUGCAAUGGGGGGACGUCGCGGAAUUCCGACCAUCUACAACGAAGGCCAUGGGCGCGAGCCCUGGGAUAACACGAUUGACUUAUCACGGACGGUGGGAUGGUUUACCACGCUGUGCCCUGUCUCUCUCCCAGAUGAGUCGUCUUCUGAUGACGACCUUCUGAGCGCCAUCCGUUGGGUCAAGGAUUACCGGGGACGGCUGGCUGGCAAAGGCCGACCCUACUUCGCCUACCGCCUCCUCACUUCCCAAGGCCGCGAUGAGUACGGCCAUCGCUGGCCAGUCGAAGUCGCUUUCAAUUACCUUGGGCAGAUGCAGCAGCUCAGUCGGUCUGAUACUUUCCUCCGGCCAUUCGACAACGGUGUUGGACAAGGCGUAAACAGCUCAUCCGACAUUGGCAAAGACGUUCCCCGCUUCGCUCUCAUAGAGGUGUCCGCUUUAGUCAUGAGCGGCAAGAUGAAGCUGUCUUUCGCUUAUAACAGACGCAUGAAGCACCGGGAUUCGUUUGCGAAAUGGGCCAAGGAGUGUCGGGCGUUGCUUCUGGAAGCUCCACGGCGGCUGACGCAGCACAGGCUGGAGGAGACACUCAACGUGUUCCCACUUUUACCUUUGGCCUACUAUGGCUUGGAGAACCUCAAUCAGAGGCUCCGGGAUGCUGGUAUCCAGCUUCAAGACGUGGAGGAUGUUUACCCUUGUUCGCCCAUGCAAAGGGGUCUGUUGCUGAGCCAGAUGCGCGAUCCUGAGAAGUACGGCUACAAGCUCAUUUUCGAAGUGCAGCCCUCGGGAGGAGGCCGUAUUGGUGCUGAUCAACUUUGCAACGCCUGGCAAACCGUGGUCCGUCGCCACUCGACCUUGAGAAGCAUUUUCGUCGAUACAGUAGGCGACGAGGGUUUGAUGGACCAGGUGGUACUCCGCUCCUCGUCCGGUCGAAUCCAGGUUCUUAACAGCGACGAUGACCAUGACGCAGUUGGGAAGCUGGAGGCCCUUGACUGCAUCGACUUCAAUGAGAGAAAGCCGCCGCAUCGCCUCUCCGUCUGCGCUACCCAGACGGGUCACAUCUUCUGUCGACUGGAGAUCAGCCACGCGAUUUCCGACGGCUCCUCGAUGCCAAUCCUCCUUGAGGACCUCGCUGCCGCCUAUGGCAAGGGCAAGAUCACGAAACCUGUGCCGCUGUAUCGCGACUACGUUGCCUACAUACAGUCGCAGCCACGCAUCGAGAGCAUUCGUUAUUGGAAACACUACUUGGCAGGAGCAGAGCCCUGCAUGUUCCCAACGCUCACAGAUGGUGAGGCAGAAGGGGAGCGAUCGCUCGGUGCUCAUGCCAUUACCCUUAGCAAUUUGGACAAGAUCAACAACUUCUGUGGCAGCUCAAGCAUUACCCUAUCCACGCUCCUACAAUUCGUGUGGGCACUCGUGGUCCGAUCGUACACGGGCGCGGACGAGGUGCUCUUCGGUUAUCUGGCAUCGGGGAGGGACGUCCCCGUCGCAAACAUAGAGCUCGCGGUUGGUGCCUUCAUCAACAUGCUGGUCUGCCGCCUCCACCUCCCCGUCGGCACGGAGAUUGGCGAAGCACUCGACACAAUGCGGGCUGACAUCAUCGAUGCUAUGUCUCACCAAUCCUGCUCACUCGCGGAGAUUACGCAUGAGCUUCAACUCCCCGGCGCAAACCUGUUCAAUACAGCAUUUACGUACCAGAAACGCACUGAAAUUGGCGAUGGAAGAGGAGAUCAGCUCAGUCAAUCCGCCCUGCGGUACCGCGUUGUGAACGCCGACGACCCGAGCGAGUAUGCUGUCGCCGUCAAUGUCGAGGCCACUAACAAAGCAGUUGAAGUCCACUUCAGCUACUGGCGAAACGCAGUCUCAGAAGCACAGAUCAAGAACAUCGCGGCAGCGUUUGAGCAGGCCCUGGACGGCCUUGUUGCCGACGGACGGGAUGACCGCACGGUUGGGGAACUGGAUAUGGUGAGCAGAACGAUGGUCGAGCAGAUCCGCUUCUGGAACGACUACGAACUGCCCCGUGCUGAGCAGUGCGUACACGACAUCAUCGACCAGCACGCUCUGCGCCGUCCAGUGUCGACGCCUGCUGUGUGCGGGUGGGAUGCAUCAUUUACCUAUCGCGAGCUGGACAUGGCUGCCACGGCCCUAGCGCGCCAUCUGGUUGCUCAUGGCGUGGAACCAGAGGUAUUCAUUCCACUCUGCUUCGAAAAGUCGGCUUGGACCGUCGUUGCGCAGCUUGCUGUUCUGAAAGCCGGCGGAGCCUUUGUCAGCCUGGAUCCUGCUCAUCCCGAUAGCCGUCUCGAACAACUUAUUCAGGACGUGGGUGCCAAAUUAGUUCUCUGUUCGUCAAGGCACAAGACCAAGAUGGACAGGAUUGCCCCCACAGCUCUGGUGGUCGAUGCUGAAUCCAUCUCGACCCUCAACAGGGCGGCAGCCUCGGAUAAGACGCCAUUCACCUCCGCCGCCAAGCCCUCUAGCCCGGCAUACAUCAUCUACACGUCGGGGACCACAGGAAAACCAAAGGGCACUGUCAUUGAACACGCCGCGUUCUGUACCGGCGGCCUCGCCCACGCCAAGGCCAUGUUCAUGCACUCCAACUCACGCGUCUUGCAAUUCGCUUCAUACACAUUCGAUGCGAGUGUCAUGGAGACGUUGUCGUGUCUCCUCGUUGGCGGGUGUGUUUGUGUCCCGUCCGAUGAGGACAGGAUGAACGACCUUGCUGCUGUGAUUCGCAAUCUGGGCGUAACGUGGACACUCCUGACUCCGUCCGUGGCAAGUACCCUCAAGCCGGAGAGCGUCCCCUGCCUCAGAACCCUCGUCACCGGUGGCGAGGCUAUGGCAGCUGGCCACAUCGCCCGCUGGGGCACUCGGUGCGCCCUGGUCAAUGCAUACGGACCAACAGAGUGCUCAGUUGUGGCAACCACAAGCACCAAGGUCGACGAGUCUCAUCAGGUGAUCAACACCGACCGCUCCAAUAUUGGCACUGCUGUCGGAGGCCGCGUCUGGGUCGUCGAUCCCAGUACCCCUGAUCGGCUGGUACCCAUAGGCGCCGUGGGCGAGCUUGUGGUCGAGGGUCGUCUGGUCGCCCGUGGCUAUCUUAACAAUAAGCAGCAAACCCAGAAGGCCUUUAUCCGAUCCCCAGAGUGGACGAGACAUCCUGGCUUCCCAGAGUCCAUGUGGCGCCACCAGGACAGCAUGUACCGGACAGGCGACCUAGUCCGUUACAACUCGGACGGAUCUAUCUCCUACAUUGCGCGCAAGGACACCCAGGUGAAGCUGAACGGCAGACGAAUUGAGUUGGGUGAGGUUGAGUGGCACUGUCGGAGCGGCCUGCCAGAUGACGCACAAUCUGCGGUGGAGGUGGUGAUGCCGCCCACCACCCGCACUGCGGCUAAGUCCCUUGCUGUGUUCUUCACCUUGUCGAGCAAUGCAGCCUCCACAGCAAGCUUCUCUCUACUACCCAUGAACGAGCCACUGCGUAAAGCAGCUCUGGCAAUGGAAGCCCACGUAACAGCGCAGUUACCAUCCUAUAUGGUCCCGCAGCUCUUCGUCCCCGUCUCUGUGAUGCCGUGGACAAGCGCAGGCAAGCUCGAUCGAAGACUGCUCCGACAAUCUCUCGAAGAGGCGAGCCGGGAGACCGUGGCCGGCUACAGGCUCUCCGCUGCUGCUGCUGCUGCUGUCAGGCAGCGGGGACCGGCCAGCGAGACUGAAAAGAAGCUGCAAGGAUUGUGGGAGUCCGUCCUCGGCCUUCCCGCUGGCUCUGUCGGCGUCGCUGACAACUUCUUCCGUCUUGGCGGCGACUCGCUGACAGCCAUGCGGCUUAUUGGUUCCGCACGUGCCCAUAAAAUUGUUUUGACGGUGCUGGAUGUGUUUGAGAAACCGGUCCUGGCCGACAUGGCGCAGGCAUCUGGCGGCUCAGAGGCCACGGUCCCCGCAUUGCCCGAAUUAAAACCCUUCGAGUUGGUGCACCGUCCUCAACCGGAGCUUGACGCCCUUAUCCAAGAGCUUUCCAGCCUUUGCGUGCUCUCUCAAGCACAAAUCCGAGAUGUUUACCCCGCGAGCCCACUUCAGGAGGGCCUUGUCACCCUUGCUAACAAGCAGGAGGGUGCGUAUGUGGCUGUCAACACCUUGAAGCUGUCGGAAGAUGUAGAAUUGGUUCAGUUCAAAGCAGCUUGGCAGGCAGUGGUCGAUGAGACCGACAUCUUGCGAACUCGCAUUGUCCACAGUGCGGCUUGCGGAUUUUUCCAGGUCGUGGCAGCGCCAGAGCCGAUCGAGUGGCAUGAUGAGCCAUCACUUGAGGAAGCAGUCGCCAAGGGAAAGGCGCUCGGAAAACAGAAUGGGACUCGGCUGACCAGGUUUGCCAUUGUCGAGGCUCCUGAAGGGCGUCUCUUUGUCUGGGCCCUCCACCACGCACUCUACGACGGAUGGAGUCUGGGCCUCUUGGCGAGGCAGGUCCAGGAUAUCUACUACCAAGGCUCAAUUAAGGGUUUGACUCCUCGUCCCUCAUACGCCACCUUCAUCCGCUACCUGGCGCUCAGGGACGUGGCAGCCUCGGAAAAGUUCUGGAAGGACUCUCUCAGCGACGCCGCGUCGACGAUCCAUUUCCCACAACUGCCACAUACCAAUGGGAACCAGACCGAAACCCCAAGCUUCCGGGCCGAAACCCGGAUGAUCAAGUUCAACCGCAGCGACAUUCGCAUCAACAUCACCGUCCCGACGCUGAUCCGAGCGGCGUGGGCCAUUAUUCUCGCUGCUUACACGGGCAUGGAUGACAUCGUGUUUGGAGAAACCCUGGCUGGCCGCAACAUUGACGUGCCCGGUGUCACGGAAAUGGCGGGGCCGACCUUUACCACCGUCCCAAACAAGGUUCGAGUCAGCCGUGACAUGGCCGUCGCCGAGCUUCUGCAGGACCUCCAUGCUCUGGCCAGCCGAGUCGUGCCCCAUCAACACCUGGGACUCCAGCAUAUCAAGAGGCUUAGCCCAGAUUGCGCGGCGGCCUGUGACUUUCAGAAUCUACUCGUCAUCCAGAGCCCCGCAUCCGCCUCUCUCCAACAAGCAAAGCUACAAGCUGGCCAAGGGCCUGACUGGGAAUUCAAAGGGGAGUCUUCGACCGGGAGCUUCUUCACCCACCCGCUUGUGCUGGAAUGCACCGCCACUGACACGGCUAUUGAGGCCACCUUCCACCACGACGAGAAGGUGCUCUCAGCGUGGCACACAAAACGCCUUGCCUAUCAAUUUGAAGCCGUUCUGAAGCGGUUGGUCGAGAUGUCGGACAGCAAGGGGGCCAAGCUGGCGGAUAUCCAUGCCAUCAGCCCAGAGGAUCGAGCACUCAUCGCAAGGUGGAACCGAAAACAUGUUGUUGAGGAAGUUGAUUCGUGCAUUCACGAUCUCUUCCUGGAACAGGCAUCCGCCCAUCCUGAUCGGGUAGGCGUCAGUGGCUGGGACGCCGAGUUGACCUACGGCGAAAUUCGCGAAUAUUCCUCACGCCUGGCGCUCCACCUCAAGCAACUCGGAGUCCGGCAGGGAACCCUGGUCCCGGUGUGUCUGGAACGCUCAGGCUGGUCCAUCGUCAUCCUCAUGGGCAUUAUGAUGGCCGGCGCAGCCUGGGUUCCGCUUGAUCCCGCUCACCCUGUGUCCCGGCAAAAGGAAGUCCUGGAGUCUGUCAAGCCUUCUCUCAUUGUCUGCAGCCCCGAACACGCGUCACGGUUCUUCGGCAUCGUCGACACACAGCUCUCAGUUGACGGUGCCAUGCUUCGCGAUCUUCCUUCUCCUCCACAUGGCCGAGCUGUUGCUCCCGUCUCUCCCAGCAACACGGCAUACGUUUUGUUUACCUCUGGGAGCACCGGCCGGCCGAAGGGUGUCGUUGUAGCGCACCGCGACUUUUGCAGCAGCUCGCGCGGAUAUUCGCGCAUUGUUCACCUAAACCCAUCCUCGCGGGUCUAUCAUUUUGCCUCGCUAACCUUCGACGCCGCCCUUAUGGAAGUCAUGACGCCCCUCACGAUAGGGGCUUGUGUGUGCGUCCCGUCAGCCCAUGACCGUCUCCAUGACCUGGCAAUGUCCAUCGUCCGGCUGCGAGCGACAUGGAUUUUCCUUACGCCCUCGGUCGCCAACCUGCUGGAUCCGGACGUGGUGUGCCAGUCCCUCAAGACCCUCGUUUGCGGUGGCGAGGCCAUGCUUGCCGAGCUAGUUGCCCGUUGGGCCGACCGCCUUGCGCUCAUGAACGGUUAUGGGCCGACAGAGACGUGUGUCUUCGCCGUUGUCAACCCGCAUCUCUCGACGCAGAAGGACCCCAGUGUUAUUGGGCAUCCCACUGGUGCGUCACACUUGUGGGUUGUGGACCCCAGAGAGGGCUGCAAUGAUCGGCUCGCCCCUGUUGGGGCUGUUGGGGAGCUCGCCAUCAGCGGUCCUCUCAUCUCUCGCGGGUACCUGAACGACCUAGAAAAGACAGCACGGUCAUUUGUCGAAAGCCCUGCCUGGGCGAGGAGGGAGCUCCUUGCAGGUGCCACCCCUCCGACACGUAUCUAUCGCACCGGCGAUCUGGUGCGAUACCGGUCGGAUGGAGCUAUCGAGUUUGUCGGUCGCAGGGAUGGCCAAGUCAAGGUCAACGGCCAGAGAAUCGAGCUCGGCGAUAUUGAGAGCCACCUGUCCGGUGACCCACGUGUGCGCUCCGGCACCGUGGUACAGCCCAAGAAGGGGCCGUGCAAGAAACAAUUGGUUGGCAUCAUCACCUUGGCGAGUUUCGCAAAUCGCCUCGGCGCUUCACAGGAAAAACCGUCUGCGAUCACCACCUCGCCUGGGGACUGCCAGCCACUCUACGCAGACCAGAUGGUGAAAGCCCGGUCUCAGAUCGCCAAGAUUCGGGCUCGCCUGACCGACAUGCUCCCGCACUACAUGGUUCCCGCAGCGUGGGUUGUUCUGGAAACCAUGCCCGUCGUUGUGUCUGGCAAAUUGGACCGGCCGAGGGUAACCAGAUGGGUUGAGGACCUCGAUGACGCCAUGUAUCAGCAGAUUGCAAGCAGUCUGGGCAUCAUCUCAGGGGAAACCCCUGAAGAAGAGGCCGACGUCACUGGGCCCUUCAAGACGCUGAGGGAUAUUUGGGCCAAAGAACUGAACUUGCCCGUGGAUCGCAUCAAGCUCAACCAGCCCUUCCUUGGCUUGGGAGGAGACAGCAUCAGAGCAAUGGGCGUCGUCUCACGAGCCCGGACGGCCAAGAUCAAGUUGUCCAUCCAAGAUGUCCUCCGAUCCAAGUCCAUCGUCCAUCUUGCUCAGCUCGCCAAAGUGCUUCCUUCCAUAGCAACUCGGCCAAAGGAAGAGGAAACUGAUCAGCCUUUUGCACUGUCUCCGAUACAGACCAUGUACAUGAGGUCGGCCGUUAAGCAUGUUGGUGACGCCCGUUUCAACCAGAGCGUCACCUUGGGCAUUUCCCGGCGGGUUACCAUGGAUACCAUCAAGAAGGCGGUCAGCUCCGUUGUGCAGCGUCAUGCCAUGCUCCGUGCUCGGUUCACCAAGACCCCGGACGGAAGUUGGAUGCAGCGAGUUACAAAGAUGGGGCCUUCAGCAUACCAGUGCCUUGAACACGUUCUGGCCUCCCGCGACGAGAUUACUCGUAUUGUUGCCACGGCGCAAGCCGGCCUCUCCAUUGAGCGUGGCCCUGUGUUCAGAGUCGACCUCUUCGAAGUGGCUGGCGAAGACGAGACCAUCGUCUCUAUGGUGGCUCACCACCUCUGCAUCGACAUGGUUUCCUGGCGCAUCAUCAUCCAGGACCUCAGCCAAUCGUUGGAGACCAACUCCUUGUCGGCAGACGCGCCUUUGUCUUUCCGGUCCUGGUGUGCUCAGCAGUCCGCUCAUAGCAAGGCAGUUGAUACCAAGAGUCUCCUCCCGUUCAAGUUGACCGCUCAUGACCUAGGCUAUUGGGGUACACAGGGACCACUCACGUACGGCAGGACCAAAACGGAGACAUUCAGCCUGAGCGAGGAGACGACAAAACUCGCAAUUGGAGACUGCCACAAGACUUUCAGAUCAGAGCCAGUGGACCUCUUCCUGGCAGCCAUUGCCCAUGCCUUCGCGAGAACCUUCCCCGACAGGGAUGUGCCAACGCUGCACAUUGAAAAUCACGGGCGCGAGACUCCUGAGGGUUCCAACGUAGACUUGUCUCAGACAGUCGGUUGGUUCACCACGGUUUGUCCCCUGGUUGUCCCUGCCGGUGCCACCGAUAACGAUGCCCUGGAUACCCUCCGAAGAACCAAGGACAUCAGACGCAGCAUCCCCGAACAUGGCAGGCCGUAUUUUGCUCACAAGAUCCUCGGACAAACGCUCGAUGAAGAAUGGGUCCCGCUGGAAGUCCUGUUCAACUAUUUGGGUGGCGGCGUGGGAGUGCAACAGCAAGAGCAUGCGGACUCCCUGAUCAGUGAGGUUGACCUGGACGGCAUCGACUCUCCCGACAACGCCGACGUGGGCCCCAAAACAAGGAGGCUCGCUUUGUUCGAGAUCUCGGCCAUUGUCGUCAGCAACAAGCUGAAGUUCAGUUUCGUGUACGACAGCGGCCUCAACCGAGCAGGUGACGUCCGAAAAUGGAUAGCCGCCUGCAAGAAUACGCUCGAGAAAAUGGCCGCGACCCUGGUGCAACUCCCUGCUGAGCCAACGCUAAGUGACUAUCCGCUGAUGCCAAUCACCUACGGCGGCCUCCGCACGCUGACCGAGGUUGCACUCCCUCGUGCCGGCAUUGACCGAGCGUCCUCCUUCUCCCAAAUCGAAGAUAUCUACCCUUGUACACCGGUACAGGAGGGUAUGCUCAUCAGUCAACUGCGCAACCCGGAGGCCUACGUCUUCCACGCUGUAUACCACGUCAACCACGCCGCCCCCGGACAACCCCUGGAUGCCGAGAGAAUCGCCACGGCGUGGCAGAAAGUGGUGAACCGCCAUGCCGCCCUCAGGACCGUCUUCAUCGAAAGUGUUCGCCGUGGUGGUGUCUUCGACCAAGUUGUCCUCAAGAAGGCGCACAGCGGGGCCGUCCUGCUCAGAGCCAGUGACAAAAAAGCAAUGGACAAACUCGGUGAAGUCACUCUCCGAGAUGCCAAACAGCCACAGCUCCCUCAUCGACUCGCCAUAUGCACCACUCACAGCGGGGGGGUGCUCUUGAAGCUCGAGGUUAACCACGCCGCAAUGGACGGCGGCUCGCUCGCCGUCAUCCUCGAAGAACUGGCCUCCGGAUAUAUGGGUACACUGGAGAAUGCUCCCGGGCCCUUAUACAGCGACUACGUCCGAUACAUCCGCAGCAUGCCGGAUGGCGAGGGCGCCAAGUACUGGAUGCGCUACCUGAAGGGCCUCCAGCCGUGCUACUUCCCGAAUCUGAACAGCAGCAGCACCACCCUCGCGUCACACACGAGAGCCCUGCGCUCUAUCGCUCUGCACUUCACUCGCUACGCCGAGCUCCGGCGGCUUUCUGAGCAAACGCAGAUCACUCUUGCAAGUAUGAUGCACGCCUGCUGGGCCUUCGUCCUCCGGCAGUACACAGGGAGUAAUGACGUCUGCUUCGGGUACCUGACGGCAGGACGGGAUGCCCCGGUUGAGAACAUCAGCCGUACAGUCGGAACACUGAUCAACAUGCUUUGCUGCCGUAUCCAAAUUUCUGGCUCACAGAGGCUUGAGGAUGUCUUCCGAGCAGCCCAAGACCACCAUCUGGAGAGCACCCAGUUCCAGCACUGCGCGCUCUCAAAGGUUCAACAUGACCUUGGUUUGGCAGGCAAGCCUUUGUACAAUACUUCCAUGUCGAUACAGAACCAUUCUGAGAUUGGGGAGGAUGGGUUGAAGGACACCAUUUCCUUCGAGAUGGAACGGGGUCACGAUCCCAGCGAGUAUGCCAUCACCGUCAACGUCGAGACAUCCAAGGGCAACGAGGGUGUUCUCUUCCGAUACUGGUCCGACCAUAUUAGCGAUGACCAAGCCCAAAAAGUUGCCCGCUCCAUGGCCCAGGUACUGGACGCAUUCAUCAGUCAGCCGGCACAGUCCGUUGAGGAACUCGACCAGAAGCUUGCUGGCAAGCUCGCAACUACCUCCAAUUCUGCCGAGGACCUGGCGAAGCUGCAUGACUCAGCAGCCCCUGCAACCCCACGAAGCAUGGAUUCGUCUUCCAGAACUUCUUCUGACAAUUCCCUGGUAACGCCCAUAAACGAGCCGGUCGGACAGAGCCCGUACGACAAGACGCUCCUCUCACUGUGGAGCGCUCUGCUCGAUCUACCUGAGGAUUCCAUCACAGGAGAGGCCAGCUUUUUUGAUCUCGGAGGUGACAGCAUCACAGCAAUGAAGCUCGCCGGCGAGGCCAGGGACUGCGGCCUGCCACUCACUGUCGCCGAUGUCUUCAGAAACCCGUCUCUCGACGGUAUGACAGCAAUCGUUCGCCAGGCUGCGGGCAUGCAUGCAGUGGACAGCAAGCUUCGCAAGCACCGGGCAGAAACCAUGGCUACCCAGACCACCAAGGGCGACCUUUACGAACGGUUUUCGCUCUUGGCGGCGUCCAACGUUGAUGCAUUCCUCCAAACGAGCAUUGUGCCACAAGUGUGCGUUUUUAGAGGCGGAAUCUCGGACGUGCUUCCGGCAACCGACUUUCAAUCCCUGGCCGUGGCGGGCGCCCUCCUCGAAUCCCGUUGGAUGCUCAACUACUUCUAUCUGGACGGCGACGGGCCGCUCAACCUCGGGCAGCUGAAGCGAGCUUGCUUCCGAGUCGUUCAAGCUUUAGACAUCUUACGCACCGUGUUCUUUACGGUUGUCAAGCACCGGUCCAGCAACCGCCAUAGGCUUUUCCUACGCAUCUCACACGCCCAGUACGACGGCGUGUGCUUCCCGAAUAUCCUGAGUGCCCUCCAGGCCGCAUACAAGGGCGAGACGGUGCCGCGCCCACCCUCCUUCGCCAACUACCUUCGUGCUGCGGCAGGGUCCCUGACAUCCGAACAUUACCAGCAUUGGAAGCAGCUUCUCGCAGGGUCAUCCAUGACGAAGCUUGUCCGGUGCAAGGGACCAAAUUAUCAUCGCAACACGGCAGGUUCAACGACAACCUGCCUGAAGAAGACAGUGCACAUGCCACCAGUCGAGUCUGGCCACAUCACCACAGCCACCGUCGUCAAGGCCGCGUGGGCGUAUGUCUUGGCAACAGUGUCUGCUAGUGCCGAUGUCGUCUUUGGCCACACGAUCAGCGGGCGCAAUGCUGCUAUCGAAGGCAUUGGUAAUAUGAUAGGGCCCUGCCUCAACAUGGUUCCGGUCCGUGUGCGGUUCGACAGCGGUCCUGGCUGGACGGUCAAACAUCUCCUCCGCCAGGUCCAGGACCAGCAAGUCGCCAACAUGUCUCAUGAAAUCCUGGGAUUCCGCGAGAUCAUCCACCACUGCACUUCUUGGCCGCGCUGGACCUACUUUACAUCAACGGUUCAGCACCAAAACAUCGACCAGGGCGGCCAGAUUUGCCUCGGUGGAGUUGAGUACAACGUUGGGUGUGCUGCAACUGCACAAGAAGACUUUGCGGACCUGUCAGUCUUCUCGCAGCCUCUCGAUGACGACAACUACGAAAUCAUCCUUAGUUUCGCUGAAGGCGGACCUAUCCCCCGUGACUUUGCGGAGCGCGCUCUUGACAUGCUCAGUGAAGCAGCGCAUCUCUUCGCCACCAACCCAGACACGUCUCUGCCCUCGGCGGAUGAGCUUUCCAGCAAGCCGCGGUUGGUGCCGUUUGAGGAAGUGCCACCGGCGCCAGAAGACAACGAUGACACGAUUGUCCAAGCCGCUGUCCGUCUCCAACAACUCAGCUACGCGCAGCUGACCGACAUCUCCUCGUUAGUCAGUAAGUCCUGGCGCGAGGUUUUGGGUGUCUCGAACCAGGACCAGCAACAAACGUCUGAACCGCGGACGGAGACGACUGCGCUUGACUUGGAUACCUCCUUCUUCGACCUGGGCGGCGAUAUCAUCGGCUUGUCCCAGCUCGCCUGGCUGCUCAAUCAGAGCGGCUUCUCUGCGCCUCGUCUUGAGGGUCUGAUCAAGAAUCCGACUGUGCGCGGACACAUGGCUCUUUUGGCGGAGGGCUUGCCUGUCGCUCCCGAUUCUGGUUCUGCUGCUAAGGAGGCAGCUCAGGCGGUGGAAAAGGCGUCCACUUUCCCCGCGGUACAAAGGUUGACGAGGGUGGAUUCGGGACUGAAGUUAGCUAAGGCGUUGGGGUUAGUCAGGAAGAAGUUGACUGUUGCUGGGAAGAAGAAGGGUGCGAGCGUGGUUGCUGUUGCGUGA